AUGGAAAAUAAUAUUUUAAAAAAUUAUCAAGAAUCAGAAAAAAGGCUAUUCAAUCUUGAACAAGAAAUUAGGAAAAAAUCACUGUUUAAUUUGAAUAAUGAAUCUUCUAUAGAAGUAUCAUCAUCACCGUUUAGUAAUACAUCAUUAAAGGAAUUAGAAGAGGAAUAUAACAAAAUUUAUUUAAGUAAAAUCCAUUUAUCAGAAAAAUAUAUUAUUGCAAAACAAUCAUCUGAAUUAUUAAAUGGGAAAAUAAUAAAAAAUUCAUUAAUAAACAAGAAAAAUGAAGAUAUUUGGACUAAAGACAUGUUGAAAUUGGAUUGGAAAUUGUUCAAUGCACCAACAACAAUUCAACAGGUUUCCAAUGCUUGGUCAAGGAUCACUAGUAUGAAUGAUUGUGAUUUCGAUAAUUUAUUGUUGAAAUGGUACUGGGAAUUAAAAAAAUUGCAACUUAAAAGAUCCCGUUUAUCAAAUGGUGCAACUCCUUUAGAUAUUUUACACACUGAUAAUAUUGUUUAUGAUGUUCAUUAUAAUUAUUUACAUUACACAAAAGCAACUUCAAACAAAACAUUAAAGUUUAGUACCCGACACAAUGGAAAUGUUAUUCAUGCAUUCAUUACCAGGUUAGUAAAUAAUCAUCAUCGUCAAUAUAAAUAA